UAAUUAGCUUGGUGAUAAAGUUCUGAUAGUUUUAAUACUUCACUAAUUUACCACCAAUUUACCACCUGCCCGCCAGUCAUUUCUCCUUUUCUUCCUACGAUGUCCCGGAGCCUACUGCUGAUCACGCUGUGCCUCAUUUUAUUAAUGCUGGUUAAUCCAGGACUAACAAAGAAAAACAAAAAAAGGAGAAACAAAAACAGAUAUGAUAAUCUGACAACCUGCUCAGGACAUCAACUACGGGGCAUGACCUGCGAGUGUUUAGCUUCUAACUACAACAUGAGGGGGUGUCCUGAUGAUUUAAAAAAAGGUUCCAAACAGUGCAUCCACUAUGAAACCUACUGCAAAAGCUCUAAACUAUCAGCAGCAAAACAGGGUAAAAUGUGUUGUCAAGCUAUCCUUUGCAAUAUCAACCUUAAAAACUGUUGAUUUGACGAAUUGGGAAU